AUGGGAAUCCUCCUGUUUUACCAUCAUGGAGUCCCAUGGCGCCGGAGAUGCAGGUCUAACAAGCCAACACUUGACCACAUUGAUGUGAUGUCUGUCCCUGCUUCCCCUUCGUCACUGAGACCUCUUCCUGAUUUAUUAUCCCUGUCUUCUCUUCCUUCUUCAUACGUGGAACUGAUAGCUGAAGCACUGCAGUCGUCCCCUUCAGGUGCUCUCAGUCUCGCAGGUAUAACGCAGUUCCUCCGCCUCAGGUAUGUUUUCUUCAGGGGCCGCUAUCAAGGCUGGAGGAACUCGGUGCGACAUAAUCUCUCUCUUAACCAGUGUUUCCGGAAGAUUCUUCGUGACCCUCGGCGCCCUUACGGCAAGGACAACCUCUGGACUCUCGAUCCUCGCUAUCUCCCACGCCCGUCUUGGAGGAGGGCGGGGGGCGCUGUUGGAAACACUGUUUUUGGAGAGCCGGCGGAGGAGAAACGAGGACUUCCUAAGAAUGAUCUCAGUACCUCAAACGAAUUCGAUAAAAGGCGAAGAAUUACCACAUGUUGCCUUUAUUUUGACGAGGAUUCGAGCUCCGAAGGAAGAACACACAAGACUCCAAGCAGUACCUUUGAUUUUUCCUAUUUGGACGGUCCCGAACUCUGUUCCAAACUUCAAGGGCGACCUGUGCCUCCAAAGAGAGUUCCUUUGGAGUCUUCGGCUAAUGGGCAGGUUGCUUCAAGCUCUUCUAGCGUCCCAGUUUCACAACCUAUUAGAGUACCUUGCGCUUCCAGUGAUAUAUUGGAGUCGGCGAAUAUGCAGUGGAACCUGAUGGAAGAACCUCUUCGCACCAGAAUGGAAUGGCUGGACUUCCCAAAUAGCGUAAUACCAACAAGGAAGGCAGCGAGCUCUACUCGGAAGACUCUUGCACUUAAAGAAUCUCUUUUCGGUUUUCCUGCUUUGUGUGAUAUUUCGCAGGACGUUCUUCCAACUCCAGAUUACAGUGAAGGUGUUCAGAUCAACAGUGAUCGAGGAGAAAGGCCGGCCCAUACCACGGUCUAUUCACUGACACACACGUCUUUCGAAAGUACAGAAACAAAACUCGAAAACUGCCCUCACGUCUUAAUCGAUAAAGAGGAGACCUUUCGUCACAUCAGAGAAUCCAUCGCCAGUCACUCAUCGGAGGUCUCAUUACCUCACAAGGGCCGUGCGCCUGUCCAUGUACGAAGGAACAGCUUUAUCCCAUUCCCGUGUUCUCCUUUCAGUAUGCAAGAAUCUAGCAAGAGAAGAAAGGACUCUUGCACUUUAUCGCAAUCGCCGAGAAAUAAAGCAGAGCCUCAUUCUUCUUCUUCUUCUUUUUCUUCUUCUUCUUCUUCUUUUUCUUCUUCUUCUUCUUCUUCUUCUUCUUCUUCUUCCAUUUCAAUUGUUAACAUCAGAGGGAACGUCAAUAUACAAGUCAGGUUGGCCGAGUGGUCUAAGGCGCCAGAUUUAAGCUCUGGUACUCGUAAGAGUGCGUGGGUUCGAACCCCACACCUGACAAAGGAUAAGAUUAAAAGACUUAUAUUCCAUGCCAUACAAUGA